CUGCGUGUCAGCCACAUUUGUGCAAGAAUCUUCGAGCCUGCGGUGGAAAGAGAACGCUGAUCGAUGAUCCGAGGAAUAUUUCCCAAAACCAGCGAAAUCUACGUCCAGACCGAUCCGCGCGCGGCGUGUGGUUUCCUCUUCGGUGAUGCGCGGUAUCGUGGCAGUCUUCGCGAACAUGAGUUUAGCGAUAGAUGAGAGCUCCAUUCUCGGGCAGGGCUUCUACGGACGUGUCUACCACGGCGCGCUCGACUCAGAAUGCGUAGCUGCCAAAAAAGCUCUGAAUGGUGCUUCCGUCACCGAAGAGUCCCGUCUCUUGGAGCUUUGUGAUCACCGGAAUGUUGUGAAGUACAGAGGACUUCUCGAAACAGGACACCACAACGAGUAUUUCCUGGUCAUGGAGCUGGCCCAAGGUGGAACCCUGAAAGAUCAUCUGGGCGCAAAUCUCUUCUCCUUCAACGAGAAGCGACUGCUCUUACAGCAAAUAUGCUCCGGUCUCGAGCACAUUCACUCCAGGAACAUCUUGCACCGAGACAUCAAGGCGGAGAACCUACUCUUCAGGGACCUUCAUCGCCGGCACGUCUUGAUUGCGGAUUUCGGUGGUGCUGAAAUGUAUCAAGAGAAUGUCCGCAAGAUCAAUACUCACGAUGUUGUCCAGGAUCAUGAAUAUACAUUCAAAAGUGACGUUUUCCUCUUGGGACUUGUGACCUACCAAACUUUCGAAGACCUGCAACAUGUGGACAGGCUCACUCUUGCCGGACGAGUUCUGAGGCGACAUCGGAAGACACCUAUUGCCGACCCGGGAAUAUAUACGGCCAGAAUAUGGCGAACGAUCAUUCAAUCCCUCGACUGGAGAUCCGAGAGACGCCCUACAGCGAGUGAAUUCAAUGAGGCGUUCGCGGAUGCAGCCGCUUGA